CUGGAGCAGACACUGUUGUCUCUGGCGUUAAACACACAGUCAGUCAGCGGGCAGACACACCACACUGCGGAGAUCACCGUCACUCACUUUGGAUGUUUUUACUGGAUUUGGAUUGAGAGGGUAGCCUUUUUUAAAGGCAGUCCACACUGAUUGGAUUAAGCAGUUGGAAAAGUUCAGUGACGUUUUAUUUUCACAGUUUAUUCACCUGGAUCCAAAGAUGAUGCUCAAGAAAGUGCGAUUUAAGCAGUUUAUGCACCCAUCUCGUCUUUAUGAGCAGCAGCAGUGUGUUUAGUGCUGUGGUGUUACUGGACCACCCCACCCAACACACCCACCCACCACUCCAUCAGGACAUGCAUGUGUCGCAGGGAGCCGGGGACAGCUCAGUGGACAUGGACCGGCUGAACAGCAACAUGCCCGAGUUUGGAAGGAAAACACACCAGGUGCUAAAGAGCACUCCUCUGGAUUUCCUUGAGACGGGGAAGGGUCUGAAGUUCCAGGCAGAGCGCCCCCACCUGGUGAGCCUGGGCAGCGGACGUCUGAGCACCGCCAUCACCCUGCUGCCCCUGCCCGAGGGCCGGACCACAAUGGGUCAUGGUCCCAUGGACAUCAACCUGCAGGGCCCCGGAGUGGCUGCCCAGCACUGCUACAUCGAGAACAGGUCGGGGGUCAUCACGCUGCACCCCUGUGGGAACCUCUGUGCCAUCGACGGGCUCCAGGUCACUCAGCCCGUCCGCCUGUCGCAAGGCUGUAUGCUGUGUUUUGGCCAGUCGGCCUACUUUCGCUUCAACCACCCGGAAGAAGCCCUCAGGAUGAAGAGCAUGGUGCCUCAGGGGGGAGGUCUCUCCGCCGGGGACUACAGACUCAGUCCAGGCACAGAGAGCUUUGUCAAUGGGAAUCACCAGGCCAGUCCAGUCCAGUCUCCCCAAACUCAUGGAGAAAGAGUCCAGUCUGAGCACAGUGCAAUCGUAAGCUCUAUUGAGAAAGACCUCCAGGACAUCAUGGACUCUCUAGUCAUGGAUGAUCCACAGCCUUCUUCCUCGGAUGGCCAAAAGCCUUCUGGAGGCCAACCCAUUCCCCAUUCCCCCCUGUCCCCAAUGCUCAAUGGAGGUGGCAGGUAUCUAUUGUCCCCUCCUACCAGCCCAGGGGCUAUGUCCGUUGGAUCCAGCUAUGAGAAUACAUCCCCUCCCUUCUCCCCCCUCUCCUCCCCAUCUGCAGCCAGCAGUGGGAGCUUUACUAGCCCAUCUCCUAUUGGAGGACCCCAGGACCAGAGUUAUUCUCUUCCGCCAGUGCCUGUACGCUCCUCAAGCUACAACUUCUCCACCAAUCCCAUCGCCGGCUGGGGUGCGCCUGUCCCCCAGCCUCGGACUAUACUGCCUAACUUCAGCAGCGGUGGGGUGGGCCAGAAGGUUCAGGAAAGCCCCAGGCUGCAGAGGAAGGUCUUAUCAGAGGCCCCUCCAAGCCCUAAGCCAAGCCGCAGAGGACUUGGCCCUGAUGGGUCUGAGAGCCCCCGACAGAUUAUGUUCUCCUCUUGUGAAUCUCUCAGUAGUAGACACAUAGUGCCAAGCAGCCCAAGACUCACUACCAAAUUCUCUAACUGUCCAUCGCAGUCUCCUUCCAGUCCCAGGACCAAGUCAACCACAGUGCUCCAGGAAAGACCUGCCAGUCCUUUCAGAGAACAGACCAGUCUAGCUGAUUUCCCCCUGACCCCCAGCUCCUCCAGGCAGCUUUCCCAACCCAACAGAGCCUUCCAGCCUCCUCUGGACCCCAUCGUCCACAUCAUCCAAGGAUCGCCGCUCCAGCAGCAUCCGCGUUCACUGCAGCCCCCUGAAAGCCCUCGCAUGGCCAGGAGGAACAUGGAGCUGAACGGUGGCGGUGGAGGGAGCUGCAGUAUGAGGGAGCUGCCUCCUCUUAGCCCCUCCAUGGCUCGACGAGGGGUCCCAGUACUACCAGGGGCUCUCCCAGGGACGAUACCAACCUUAAGAACUCCAGAAAGCCCCUCAAGUCUGGGCAAGCUCAUCCCGGAGAGUCCCAGGCUCCGACGCAGGACCGGAUCUACGUCCGAGGAGCCAACUGGCAGCAGCAGGGGGGUCCGAGCCCGCAGUCCGUCGCCUACCUCCAUGAUGAUGGAGGGCGGUGGGGGUUCGGGAGGACGGAAGGCGAGCUUUGGGAAUUCCCUGUCACCUGCUUACAGUUUGGGCUCCCUACCAGGAUCUUCCCCUGUUUCCAGCCCCAGGACCCAUAGGAAGAUGUCCUCAGGGAGACCCCACCCUGGAAUGAGGGAGAGGAAGAACAGCAUCACAGAGAUCAGCGACAACGAGGACGAGCUGCUGGAGUACCACCGUCGACAGAGGGAGGAGAGGCUACGAGAGCAGGAGAUGGAGAAACUGGAGAGACAGCGACUGGAGACCAUCCUGAACCUCUGCGCAGAGUACAACAAAGGAGACGGCAGCGAGCUGGAGCCGCUGGGCUCGGGGAGGACGGGUUUCCCCGGGGCGCUGACGGACGGCUCGGGGCGGAUGCUGUCCCAGGAGAACAUCCUGGGAGGAACGCCGUCCCAGGCCACGCUGCGUCUGCUGCAGAGGCAGAGGGAGAGCGACGAGGAGAACCUGAAGGAGGAGUGCAGCAGCACGGAGAGCACGCAUCAGGAGGUGAGGACGUCUCCUGCUCUCAGCGCAGCUCUGCACAAUGGGGACAGACAGCACGAGGACUCGUUGGGUUCGGGUCGUCUGGAGCUCGGUUACCUGGAAGACGAGCGCGUUCGCGUUCUCGCUCGGAUCGAUGAGCUGAAAAGCAGGUUUACGGAGCUGGAGCAACAACUCCAGGAGUCCAAACAAGAGGCGGAGAUGGAGCGGGCCCUGCUGCAGGGCGAGAGGCAGGCGGAGCUGGACCAAAUGGAGGCUGAAACUGACAUCAUCACCCAGCUGCAGCACAAGCUGGACGAGCUGGAGAGCGCCAUCCGGAGGGAGAAGGACAAGGAGAGGGCUAAUGUUGAGGCCGAGCGCCGGGCCCUGCAGAGCCUCCAGGAGGGCUACGCUGAGUUGGAGAACCAGCUUCAUAACUGUCCCGAGUCCCUGAGGGAACAGUUGCAGGAACAGCUCAAAAGGGACGGAGAUGCCUUGGAAACAGGAACCAAAAAGUUUGAGGACUUGGAGUUUCAGCAGCUGGAGAGAGAGAGCAGCCUGGAGGAGGAGAGAGAAACCAUGAGUCAGCAGCUGCUGCAGGAGAGAGCCGAGUACCAUCGCAGCGUGGCCAAGAGGAAGGAGAAGGUGUCCGCUCUGGAGAGCCAGGCCAACCAGCUGGGCCUGCAGGCGUCUCAGGAGUGUGAGCGGCUGGCCAAGGACCGGACCCUCACCCUGCAAAUGCUCCAAAAGGAGAAGGAGAGGCUGUCCGCCCUGGAGAAGAGAUACCACAGCCUGACAGGAGGAAAGAGCUUCCCCAAGUCCUCCACUGCCAUGAGAGAGGUGUUCCGCUCUAAGCUGGACAGUGAUCCGGGUCUGUCUUUGCAUCAGCCCAAACCCGGCUCGGCCCCCCCUCUGCAGCACGGAGCAGCAACGCUGGGACGCAACUCCAGCUCCAGGAGCCCCCUGCUGGCAGCCAACAGCACCGGCAGUCUGCCCAGGAACCUGGCUGCCACCCUGCAGGACAUCGAGACCAAGAGGCAGCUGGCUCUGCAGCAGAAAGGUCAGCAGGUGAUCGAUGAGCAGCGGCGGCGCCUGGCGGAGCUGAAGCAGCGCGCGGGGGUGGAGGCUCAGUGCCAGUGGGAGGCGCUGCACGGCUCUCAGUCCCACCUCAUGACCUCAACCUCCCCCUCGCCCUCCUACUCCCCCAUCAUGUCGUACAGCCACGGCUCCGGAGGCGGCCCCCCCCUGGUGCACCACUCCAUCCUGCACCACCACCCCCCCUCAGCCGGGGAGCAGCCCUACGACACCCUGAGCCUGGAGAGCUCCGACAGCAUGGACACCAGCAUCUCCACCGGCAACAACUCGGCCUGCUCGCCUGACAACAUGUCCAGCUUCGGAGGAGUGGACACGCUGAAGAUCGAGGAGAUGGAGAAAAUGCUGAAGGAGGCGCAUCUGGAGAAAGCCAGACUUAUCGAAUCGCGGGAGCGAGAGAGCCUGGCUCGCCGUCAGAUGCUGGAGGAGGAGAGGAGGAGGAGGGAGGACGCGGAGAAGAGGCUGCAGGACGAGACCUUCCACCGGCAGCAGCUGGUGGAGCGGGAGGUCAAGAUGAGGGCCAAGAACUUCGCUCAGGCCCGUCCUAUGACCCGCUACCUGCCCAUCAGGAAGGAGGAGUUCGACCUGCGCUCCCACGUGGAGGCGUCGGGCCACAGCGUGGAGACCUGCUACCACCUCAUCCUCACCGAGAAGAUGUGCAAGGGCUACCUGGUGAAGAUGGGGGGGAAGAUCAAGUCCUGGAAGAAGCGCUGGUUCGUCUUCGACCGCCUCAAGAGGACCUUCUCCUACUAUGUCGACAAACAUGAGACCAAGCUGAAGGGAGUGAUCUACUUCCAGGCGAUAGAAGAGGUGUACUACGAUCACCUCCGCAGCGCCACUAAGAGUCCGAACCCCUCCCUGACGUUCUGCGUGAAGACCCACGACCGGCUGUACUACAUGGUGGCCCCCGCAGCGGAGGCCAUGAGGAUCUGGAUGGACGUGAUCGUCACGGGAGCCGAGGGAUACACACAGUUCAUGAACUGAGACACACAGUGCGGACCGUUUCGGCAGGGACUCUCUUCCCCCCCCCACAGACUCUACAGACACUUCCUGUUGCCGCUCUGGCGGACACAACGCCUUGUUUGUUACUUUUUAUUUUCACACUUUUAUUUUACUAUGUAGACGUUUUCACCUCCACAUUUUCUACGUGAUUCAGCUCGGAUUGAAAAAGGGAGCCCUUGGAGGGGACACACACAUCUGUAUAUAAACCAAAACCUGUCAAAGACUUUUAAAAAGCCUUUCUAUAUUGCCAAAUGGAGACCUUUUAGUUACUAUUUGUCGAACGUUUUGUAUUUUGUUUUCAUUUCUUUUUCUUUUUUUUAGAGAAUAUUGCCAAAUGACGUCAUGCCAAUGUUUGAGUGUUCCAUCAUGACUACGUUUAGUUAAGACAGAAAGAGUUUAAAAUAAUCCGCAUUGAAAAGGGUUAAUCAAUUAUUAUAAAUAUAUUUGAAAGAAUCUUAUUGUGAAUGAAAUGUGAGAAGUCAGUCAACAGGACCUGGAAAUGAUUUGAGUCCACUCUACGUGAAACAUAUAUGCUCACCACUCACUUCACCUGAGUGCUGCUAACACUACAUCCCAUUUCUUCACACCAUCAUCACUGCCAGCCUAAAGCCACACAGUGCAGUGCUACAGGUCACCACAGGAUCAACAAUACGUACUAAUCCUGAACUGUGCCUUGACUUUGUGUUGUUGACAUCUACAAUCGCAUUAAUGCUGUAAAGGCCGUAUGUGGAAAGUUAGCAGUUAGCAUGCCUCUAGCAUCCUUACAGGCAGAUAUACCAGAGGCCCUGAGCACAGUGGGAAUCAGCUAAGCCCCCGGGACGAGAGCCGGACGUUAAAGCAGAUGUUCCAAGUGGCCGAAUGGUGGUACUACAGUUUCUGCCUGUGACGUCAAUGGGCCAAAAAAUACAUUUUCACAUUGACUUGCAUUGGGAAAAACAUAAAGGUAAAUCAACUACCCAGUUUGAACACCUGAAUAGCCCCUAUUUAAAGCAUCAGGGUCUAAAAGUCUUAGAAUGCACUAAAAGACUAAUUCAGCUUUAUUUCCCUAGCCAUUCAUUUGACUAAGACAAGACUGGCAUAUUGGAGGCGGGGCUUAACUCAAGCGCUCUAUUGGUCCAAAACCCCGGAUAAAGUGAUCCCGCCUCCAAAGCUUUAUCCAGUUCUCUUUAUACAUCAUGGCAGCUAGUUCACUGGCAUUAUUGUAACUGAUGGGGGAAUUCACAGAUAAUUGAUUGCGGCCGCUGUUAGCACUAUGGGAUGUGCAUCGUUUGCAACUGUUAAUGAACCGUCUUAAGAUCACAUAAACAAAUAAUUAUUUACAAAUAACAAUAUUUGCCAAAAGUAAGUAAACUUGUGAUAUGAUGCAAACCCCCUGGAAAUGUGGUUAUCAAUUAAUUUGACUAUUUUUAAAUAUAUAAUUAGCCUUUUUUUAUCGUAGUUGUUUGAACUAACAAAACUCUGUUCAGUCGACUUUUAUUUAACUUCACUGAAUUGGAAGUGAUAAAGACCCCUGCUUUGAAUCCUCCGAGUGGAGGCUUGCAUGCAUGAGAGCGGAUAAAAAAAAUAUCUUCAGCUUUAAAAGACUGUCGUCAAGUGUCGAUCAUUGCGUUGUGAGUCUAUUGACGGUUUGUAGUAAACAGAUUCCGGAUGCCGUUUGUUUUGUAGAAGACGACGACAAACUGUGAUUUUCAGAGCAUGUGGAACUCUCGUUUAGUUUCAUGUAACGAUAAUUUAUGGUUGUGGUGCCUGAGAUAGUUACACGUUUACUAUUGAAAAAGAAGAAUAGUGAAAAGACCUUAAUAUAUUCUGUCCCCUUGCCUUUACUUCCCCUUCUACGGAAGCCCAGAGAUAUAAGUGAGAAAGAAAUCUGAUGAUCCAUUUUUGUUUUUUUCUCUCUGGUGUUUAUGAUUUAAAAAAUAUCUGAAAUUAAGUUAGGGAGGAAAAAGAAAAAGCCAGAUAAAAAAAAAAACGUUUCUUUGGCCUCUCUGGGCUUCCGUACACUGCACAGUUACCGCGUGCAAACCAAACUAUUCAACACUGGCAAGGCUGUUAAAUCAUGUCUGUUGAUAGUAGCUGGUAUAUACAUUAGUUGUAAUCUAUGUCGAGAAGAAAGGAAACUAAAUAUACUGUAAAGAGGAUGCCUGAAUGAAAAAAAUAAUAUUACUAUUGAAAUGAAACGGUAUUGUAUGAAAAAGACAAUUUUUACUUAUUUUUGUCAUUUUAGAAAUUUUAUUGUCGGUCAGUUACAUUGAAAAUUGUAUGGUAGUGAUGUAUCAAUCUACCUUUUGUAUUUACUGGUACAGCAGAACACACAGUAUAACACACCUAUCACUCAUGAGACUGUACUUUUCUAGAAAAUAGUUUCUGUUUCUCACACACACACACAAUCAAUACUCGGACCAUACUGUGUUAUUGGUACCCUGUAUGUCUCAUGCGUUAUUUUCACGUAUGAAUAAUAUGGAUUUUGUUAAAUCUAUUAAAAACAGAACUGUUACACAA